AUGGGAGCUUUUGAUUUCGAGUAGACGGAAGAAGAAAGAGAAUGGUUUGCCGAAACCUUGGAAAAAAUUUUAGUCGAACCAUUGACCAAUGAAACACGCAAAACGAUAGCUACAGAAAUGCUCAAGAGUCAAGCUUUUGACAACUUUCUGGCCAUAAAAUUUGUCAGUCUAAAGAGAUACGGAGGAGAAGGAGCCGAGAGUAUGAUGGCCUUCUUUCAUGAAUUGUUCAAACUAUGUGCCUAUGAUAAUUUGGAACAUGUGAUUAUUUGUGCUGCACACCGCGGCCGUCUUAAUCUAUUAACGGGACUACUAAACUUUCCACCAGAGAAAUUAUUUCGUAAAUUAGGAGGAUUUUCUGAAUUUUUGGACACAAUCAAAUGUACCGGAGAUGUCAUUAGCCAUCUUAUAAGCUCCACUGAUCUUAACAUAGAUAAAAAGAGUCUUCACGUAACUAUGCUUCGAAAUCCAUCACAUUUAGAAAUAGUAAAUCCCGUGGCGAUGGGAAAAACUCGAGGAGUUAUGCAGACAAUUAAAGAAGCCGCAUAUAGUGAUAAUGAAAAUGCGACAUGGAGCAAUCGAGUAAUAAACAUUCAGAUACACGGAGAUGCUGCCUAUCCAGGGCAAGGAGUUAAUCAAGAAUGCUUAGUUUUAAGCAAAACGCCACAUUUUGAAAUUGGUGGUACAAUUCAUUUGAUAAUUAAUAAUCAAUUAGGUUUUACAACUCCAUCUUCAAGGAGUCGAUCAUCAAAAUAUUGCACAGAUUUAGCAAAAAUUAUAUCUGCACCUGUAAUUCAUGUAAAUGGUGACAACCCUGAGAUGGUUGUACGAGCUGCACGAAUAGCUUUUAAAUAUCAAAGACAAUUCCGAAAGGAUGUAUUUGUUGAUCUAAAUUGUUUUAGAAGAUGGGGUCACAAUGAACUAGAUGAUCCUACAAUCACUAAUCCCCUCAUGUAUAAAAUUAUACAAAAUCGUGCAUCUAUACCAGAUCGAUAUGUAGAGAAGCUAAUAGACAUCAAUAUUAUUACUCGAGAAAAAGUUACAGAUAUCGUUAAAAAUCACACAGUAUGGUUGAAUAAAACUCUAAAAGAAUCUUCGAAGAUUGUAUCAGGACAAUCAGACAUUUAUGGCGGAAGAUGGGCGAAAAUGAAACAAGCUGAAACCAAUAUAACACGAUGGGAUACUGGCGUUGAACGAGACUUGUUACAAUUCGUGGGAGAAAAAAGUGUUCAAGUACCACCGAAUUUC